AAAAAUCAAAAUGGCGGGAGCACAUGAUUGUUUCAAGUUAGAAAAGUCAUGCUUACAUUUCAUAUACAGCCCGUGAAUAUUUGCCAACUUUGAUCCGGACGCCACCAAGAUGGAUGUGAUUGAAAUGUAAGUGACGUUUAUUUAUUUAUUUGCAUCUAUGUGUGGAUCCGAUUUCAAAAUAAGUAGUUCUAGGUUGUACUCGCAAACUCGCUACAGCUUCAAUUUCUUGCUCCUCUUGUAGAUCUAACCGUGGGCUUUGGCAUAUAAUAACUGGACGCUCUUCUCUUCAAGAACCAGUGAGUAUCUGUUCUAUGUGUUCCUUAUCUUAUUAACGUAUUAUAUCAGUUAAUUCCAAAACCGUCUAUGGUCAUGCACCCCCUUAAAAUGUUUUGGUCAAAAUUUUCCCCGGUAUGUUGGCAGUUUAGAUGAUCAAAUGCCCCACCGGCUAGCGCUUCAAAAAGCGCCAAAUCCCCUACCCACCAGCGACUAUACAAAAAUUUUCCCACGCGUCAAACCGUUUAUUCAAAUGGAAGGUAUUCGUAUGUAUGUAUUAUCGGACACGAUUGAUCAUCGAACGCUUACUUAAGUAUCUUAAAAAUCCCACAAAAACUAAAUAAAAAAUGCAGAUGAUGAAAUGCCAACACAGCAACUUGAAUUAAGUCUACUCAAUUCAACAACCGAGUUUUGCGCCAUGAAUCGAAACAUUUAGGGAAUUAAAUUAUUCCUCUCACCUGCAGCGAUAAUGGCACUUGCUUUUCCCGAUCGUUUAUUCCCUGCUCACAGAAAAUAAGGCCCAAGAAAGAGCAAAAAAAUUGCAGAGAUUCCUCUGACAACCUGUCGUCCAUUUUGUUUCCCGUGAGGCUAAUGGCGCUACUUUUUGAGCAGUUUACCACUGCUCAGAAGCAGUUCUUGUUAGAAUGAUUCAGUCCGUUUGCUACUUUAAGGACAUUUAUUUGACCUUAAAAGAUUCGCUAUGUUACACUUCACCAGAACAGAACAGAACUUAUAAUACCAAACACAUGUCAAAAGUUCAAAUUAGCCAAUCAGAUAUGUCCAUUGUACAGCAUAAAUUAUCAUAUGUAAUUCCAAAACUUCCACUUGAUGAUUACGCUGUUCACUAUGACAGUAAAAAAUUUAAUGAUACUUUGCCUAGAAUCCUAGAGCUUGAUUACAAUCAUUACAUAAUAUAACGCACGCCUAAUAAAUCUCUUAGUUUCUCAAAUGCAGGUUUUCGUAGUCCUUUUGUCAUAAAAUUAUGUCUGCUAUCAUGUCGUCAGUACAACAAUAAAUCACUCUAAUUUCAUUAGAAACAACUCUUUCUUCAACAAAAUGGUGACAAAUGUCAAUGUACUUAGCUAGUUCGGCUAUGGUAGUUACCAUUCUUUGCCAGCUCAGUGGCUUCUUGGUUGCCUUUAUAGAUGGUGGUCGGGGUAUCCACUUGUCUUCCAAGACAGGGCUCUAAAUUAAUGGUAACCCAUUAACCGAUGUUUAGUUGUUUCCCACCUUUGGUUACUAAAAAUUUGUUCAAGUAACCCAAUAUCAUUAGUUAAAACUUCAGUGCAAUUAAGUAUUUUCAUUCAUAGAAAUUCUUCUGACAAGUGAACAUUAAUUUUCACGAAAGACCGAUGUGUUCCUUUUUUGCAUAAGGUUAUUUUCUAUCUAGAACAAUUUUUUGUUCUUACCACAUAAUCGAACAACACAAAAAACUUGUAUUUCUCUGGAGGCAAGGUAACCAGGCUUGUUGGAUGAGGAGAUCUGGACACAAACUUAGUAUACCUCUGCCAUCUUGCUCGUUUCGGCAACCUAUUUAUUAUACAGAUCAGAUGCAGAGAUCCUUGGAUAGUUUUUGCAGAAAAAGGUUGCUGCACAAAAGUUGUGAAGAAGAAAUGGAAGAUUGAGAAAAAUAACAAAGAACAAGUACAGUUUACAACACUAUGGAAGGCUCCCUGGAAGCAGUACAAAGAAAAGAGAAAACACGAAGGAGGAAUUUCUCAUGAAGAAUGAAAAAAGGCUUUCAUCUGGUUACAGUUUGAUGAGUCUAAACAAACAAUGUUUUGAACCAAUCCAUCCAUACUUUAGUUUGCCCUAUUUAUUAGCACAGUAAUGUUUUCAAUCGUUAAUAAAUAUAAUUAUUAUUUUAAGUUCAAAAACAGAUUCUUGGAUAAGGGUUAGUUAUACAAAAAAAUUAAUUUUGAACCCUGCAAGAUCUUUCAUUAAAGGGCAUAGCCAUAUAGCUUCUUGUGUAGCUGAACUCAAAGCAUUAUAUUCAGCUUUAGUUGAGGACUUGGCAACCGUGGGUUGUUUCCUGCUUGACCAACUGAUUGUGCCAUAAUGAUGCAAACUGAAAUACAUAGCCUGAUGUUGAUCUAUGAGUAUCAACAUCUCCUGCCCAAUCUGCAUCACUGUAGCCAUAUAAGUGUGUUUCCUCUCCAUGAACAGAGUAUUUCAGACCAUAAUUCAAAGUUCCUUUAUUAUUAAAGAUGUUGUAGAACUGUUUCACACCCAUCCAGUGGUUUUUACUUGGGUUUGACAUACUGGGAUAAAACUCCAACUGCUGCAGCGAUAUCUGGUCUUGUUGCUGUUGACGUGUGCAUGUAGGUCAGACAUCCUAUUGCCUGUUGGUAGGUCUGAAUAUCAAAGGGCUCAUGACUUGAAGAAAACUGCGGAAAGCCUCUUUCUAUCAAGCACAAGUGAAGUAGAGACAAGUUUGCAGUUUUCUAUUCCAAGCUUUAGCACUUUCUAAUUCUCUUCCUUUAUGUAGUUGGGUUGACUUACUGUCAAUGUUCUUGACUCUCUGUCUCACUUGAUGGACAUACCAGUUAGAUAAUGUAUCUCUCCUUGAUCAUUCAUCUCAGAUCUUUCACAUAAUACAGCUUUCUCUGCUCUCAGCAUUUCAGUGUUGUUGAAACUGAAAUUAUGCCAUUGACAUACACACCAAGUUUUGUGGAACUGAUGCAGGCAUUAGCUUCCUUCCCAGACUUCACAUAAAUACUUCCAUCAGCAUUGCUUUUGCAGUUGCCAACUGAUUUCAAAUACUCAUCCAGAGUAGUGUUCCAACAAUGAGCUGACUGUUUACAAGUCCAUAAAUGCCCUUCUUCAGUUUGCAAACAUGAUUUGGUCUGACAGGAUCAGCAAAUCCUUCUGGUUGCGACAUGUAAUUUUCACAGUCCAAUGAAUCAUAUAAAAAAAGCUGUUUUACAUCUAUUUGAUGUACAGACUGUAUCUCCAAAUUGUGUGCAUUAGCUAGGGCAAGCAAUGAUCUCACAGAUGUAUAAUGAGCCACUGGUGAAAACACUUCUUUAUAAUCUACACCUUCCACUUGGGAAUAUCCUUGUGCAACAAGUCUGGCUUCAAAGCAAUCCAUAGAACCUUCUUCAUUAUGCUUGACUUUCAAGACCCAGGGAGAUCCAACAAAGUUCUUUCCUUCAGGUGUAGGUACUAGUUCCGACAUACCAUUCUUUAUUAAAGAUGAGUAUUUGCACUUCAUGGCUUCUUUCCACCGGUCAGAUUGUUCACCUUUCAAUGCUUCAUAACUGUGCUUGGCUCAUCAAUUUCUGAGUCAACUACAAUCUUGGACAAAAAUGUUAAGAAAAAUGCACGUUGUAUGUUUAAUUUUAGAAUACUUCCCUCUAAAGCGCGGUUCACUCAAGAUACUCCCCCCUUCCCCCAAAAAAACAAUGUUGAAGUGUGGCUCGAACAUUUUUGCUGCCUACUAAACAACAUUGACCAGGGAGAGGUGGGGGGAGGGGUCACCAUGGUGCCAAAUACGCAGGGUGGGUCUCCUGUGUGUAAGAAAGAGCAAAAUUCGUAACACUUUUUGUCCAAGAUUGUAGCUAGUACAAUGAAGGCGAUCAUAAACUUUGCUGCCUUCCUGGUCCUAAGUUUGGGUCUUCCUCCAUAAAUGAAUCUUCAUAUGAUUGUUCUUCUACAUGUAACUGGUUCUAAUCUCCUUUCAUGUGCUCCCUCGGCAGUGGUCCCACUCUUUCAACAUUCCGUGGUGAUGGGCAUUCAACACUAUUCACAGGUGCGGAUUCAACAUUCUCUUGAAUUGGAGGUUUAACGUUCUCUUGAUUUGCAGGUUUAACUUUCUCUUGAACUGCAGGUUCAACACUCUCUUGAACUUAAGGGGCUUCAGGUUAGAGAGGUACAGGUCUGAAGCACUUUCAUUUUCUUGGUUCAUAUCUGGGAAAAUUAACCUCAGAUCUGCUUAAUCAGCAUCAUCUGAUUUAGGCUUUUCGUCAAAACGAUCAAACUUUUUUUCAAAGAAUUGAACAUCUUGACUCACAACAAACUCCUUAUCUAAAUCAUACACCUUGUACCCCUUGACACCAGGAGGAUAUCCAACAAAGACUGCUUUGUGGGUUUUAGCAUCAAGCUUUCUGCACUGACUAUCUGGAACAUGUAUACUGUACAUAACUCACACAACCAAAAACUCUCAAAUUAGAAAUGACUUUGUCUGGCCUUCUACCAAACAAAAUAAUGAUCUUUCAGUGCCGCUGUGGGACUUCGAUUGUGAAGGUAAACAGUUUUUACUGCUGUACUGCAUGAUUGAGACAAACAAUGCGUGAUUGACACAAAUUCAAAUGUGUGAAUUUGAAAAUCCUUUUCAAUGUUCAAUGCAAUGAGCAAAUAAGCUUUAGUCAGAUCGAAGGCGAAAAUCAUUCUUUACAGCUGGAGAUGCAUCGGCUGCUGGAGGAGUUUCUUGGCCUUCUUGAGUGAAAUCCCACAAACCCUGCUCCAUAAAAAUGACCUUCAUGAUGCACUUCAAUGAAUGGUAAUUUCCCCUGUUCAAUUUUUCGAUCUUUGUGAUCUGUGACACUGACAUCUCUGCCAUACACUUUGGCAAAAUAACAAUCAGGUAACUUGCGGCAUGGGUUAACAGUCUGGGCCCAAAGAUUUAGUCCAUUUGCUACUUUUAGGACAUUAAAUGACAUUAAAAGAUUUGCUGUGUGACAGUUCUCUUUAAUUCUCUUAGCAAGAUAAAAACCAGAACAGAAUAGAACUUAUAUGUCAAACACAUGUCAAAAGUUCAUUGUCAAAUUAGCCAAUCAAUUUUGUAAUCCAACAAUUUUUGUUGGGCAAGCCCGUGAUCGAUUAUCAGACAGCCAGCUGAGGUACCAGAAUAGGAUUUGCUCACAUAUUUUUUUGGCAUGAAAUUUCAUUGAGGAUUUUCUGUAAGUAGUAUUUAUUUGAGCACAAAGUUUGGCUUUUUUUUCUGAAUUUAAGAUUUCACAAAACAGAAGGAAUAUAGAUCGAUAGGGGUUAUUCCCUGAGGGUUAUUUCUACUGCCACACCCUGUAUGUAUUUAGCUCACCUUGCGGAUUUCAUUUCACUAACAAAAGAGAAUGAAUGCCACAGUACAAACAACUAAAUUUUUUCUAUAAAUGAUAUUGUUUUUUUUUUACGAUUAGAAAUUAGUAGGGCGUGCCUAUACAGGGGGUUACAAUAAUUUGAAGGGGGUUACAACUGAAGCAGCAACUAAAGCAAACAAACAAAUGAAAAAAAAAAUUACUCUAAUUUAACAAAAAUAAUGGUUUAAAUCUGAUCACUAGGAUUUUAAAAUGCCGCGCUCAUCAAAAAGAAAAAACGUGGAGAGGACAAAACACGCUUGCUGCUAUGGACGCAGUAAAAUGUGGUGACUCUAUACGAGAGGCAUCAGCAGAUUUUAAUGUUCCAAAAUCGACACUUGGGCACCAUAUCAGCGGACGAACAGACCAUGGAAGUAACUGUGACCCAGAUCAGAUCAUUUUUAUCAGAUGAUGAGAAGAAGCUGGCAGCCUAUCUUAUUGAUGUCAGUAAACAAGGAUAUGGCAAAAGAAAAGAGAUCAUUCUAUAUGAAUGGCCUCACAGGUAGCCAUUAAGCAUGGAAAAGAAGACAAAGGUUGCCUCUCUGAGAUCAUGUGAGGUGUGGUGGAGAAACUAUUGAAAAUGCAAUCCAGAAUGACGAAAGGCCCCCUAUGUUCAUUUAUACGAGUGUACAUGCAUGCAAGUGGGUGCGUACCCAAUGGGGUACAAGAAGGAGCACCGACUGGCAUGUUAUUUAGUGUGCAAAAGUCAGAUUGGAUUGACAAAGACCUCUACUUACGGUGGGUUAAUGAAGUGUUCCUUAAGCAAAUACCUGAGGAACGACCCGUCCUUCUUUUAGUGGAUGGACAUAAGGCUCAUGUCACACAAGAUGCAAUAGAAGCAGUGCCGUGAGAUAGAGUUCUCAUUUUCUGUCCUCCUGCUCGUUCAUCGCACCUCUUUCUGCCACUUGAUCUGUCUCUGUUGUCCACAAAAAAGGGGCUGGGAGAAAGCAUGUACAGCCUUUAGCCACAUUAUGUCAACGGUGGUUAACCAAUGCAGUUUUGCAAAGGCGUUUAAUGUCAUGUGGCACUCUAGUACUACCCCAAAAGUGAUUAGAGGUGGAUUUAAACGAGCCGGUAUCUUUCCCUAUAACCCCUACUCUAUGUUUGACUACAGCAAGCUAGCAAUCCGUCAAGGUACCCACACAUCUGCUUGUGAUGCUACAGUCUCGCCACCAUCCACUGAAGCUACAACAACCAGUGUCCGUUCCAACUGUGACAGCUGUACCUGAGCCUCCUGCAUUGGUACUACAUUUGUGUACAGAACCUUCUACAGGGGGAUUUGUGGCUCACAUUCCUCAGUCACCAGACGGCCAGCUUUUUGACACCCGUACAAGUCCUUCUGAAGUCCCCGACAUGUUCGAAGCCCUUGUCUGCCUAGAGAAGGAAAUUGGCAAGACCGAAAGAGAAUUCUGGCAUUCAUGUAUAUUACGCAUGUGACAUGUUUGUGGAGAUUGGCGGUGAUAAAAGCAGUGGGUGCUGCCCAUGUAUUAAGUCAGCGUGCAUGCUCUUGUUCUUUUGCAGGAAUCUGUUUUUGUGACUGAAUUAUAGUGGUUGUUUGCCCUGGACGUGAAAAUGCUGUGACAAGUUUGUAGUUUUUUUCCAACUCCACCAAGUACACUACAACAAAAACAUGAUUCCACAUUAGCACUUAAUUCAUCCCCAAGAGAGUGUGCAGUGGUCACGGAAAUCUCUACUCCUUCCAACAUGGCAAAACCAUACAUGAUAUCUAUGCUAUCUGGAGCCAUCUAAAUGGACGAAGAGCUAUGCAGAAUAAUGUUGUUGCCAAGGAGGAAUCUUACCGGAAGAAAGAGAGCAGGCAACAGGCUAGAUCGGGAAAACAAGUGUAUCACAGUGUGCGUCUUUCUGGAGGUGUUAAGAUCCAAAAAUGAAAAAAAAAAAAAGAAAAUGAGAAGAGAGAAAAGGAAGAAAAAAGGAAAGAGAAAGAAUGGUUGUUGGCAGAGAAGAGAAAAGAGCAGAGGAAACAAACAAACAAACAAGAAGAAACCAAAAAGUAUGAAGAGAAGAAAAGAGGAGAAAGAAGAGGAAGAGGAAAAUUAUUUUUGCAAGAAGUGCAGCAAGGAGUACAACAGAGAAGAGAACUAUUCAUGAAUAGAGUGCUACUACUGCAGUCAGUGGUUUCAUGUGAAGUGCACAGAUCUGCCAGUCCUCGAUGCGUUGGACAGCUCUGUCUAGACUAGACUUGUGAGGACUGUGAGCUGGAGGGCUACCCAAGCCACAGUACCUACUAAGACCUACCCAUGGAACAAAAGCAUUAACAGUUAACUUUAAUUUAUUGUUGUGUGAAAUUUAAUUGCUUAAUUUUGUUCAAAGUCGUUUAGAAACCAGAUUUGAAAAAUUAAUAUCUACUGUUGUACAAUGACAGUUGAUUAAUUUGUGAAAUUUCAUUGCUAAGAGAUGUUUAGAAACCAGAUUUGAAAACCAUUAAGUUUCUUAGACUAAGUGGAAAAUUCUAGGCAUGUAAAUGGACAGUACCUGAGUUAUAUGUAAGAUUGUUUUGUGUCCUUUCCAAUAAGCACUUAGGGUGUCUUUAAGAACACCCCCGAAGAAUGUGCUAGAAAGUCAGCUUUCUGAUGAAGUAGAAGGUACUCGUAGAACUUUUAAAAAUUUUGAAAUUUAACCGGGAUAACCGGGACUCACAAGAACAAUCAGAUUUCAACUUCUUUAUCUCCUGGAAAACCUCUGAACAGGUGAUUGGUUACAGUUGGAAAGAAUUGUUGCUGUCUUCAGGAAAAGAGUCAGUCAACUUGAGAAGAGCUUCAACUGGUUUUGCAGUAGCGCCAGUGACUUGCUCUGUGGUAGACGCAAAGUGUAGAAAUUCAACUCGUCAGGGUCAACAGUAAGCAGUUGUAGGCUGGGAUGUAGAAUUCCAUGUAUGACUUGCCAGACUUGUUUAGGUUUCGUAGUUGAAAUCGCUUUAAAAGCACUCUGAUGAUUUUGAGAAGCGAUUGCAGUAUACUAGGCCUACUAAAAAACUGCUCCCACAGUCCUGCAGUCCUUCGAAUUUGCAUAAUAAAUUCUGACAUUGACUUCAGGAGUAUGGGACUGCUGGAGCACUAAUAAUUUGUAUACCGUGGUAUAAUAAUAUUCACUUUUCAGUGAGUGCCUGAGUGUGGGACUGCAGUAGCAAUCGUUAUUUUUACUAACUUAUUCAGCUACCUGACUGCAGGACUGUGGGAACAGUUUUUCAAGUAAGACAUUAAAUUUUAGUGGGCCUGGUAUUUGGCAAUCUCUCCCCAAAAUCACUGAAGGCGUCACUUCACAUGAAAGUUAGAUUGAGGGAUUGAGUGCUCAACCUCAGAAGACCAUCUGGUUGUUUUUCUCUCAGGAUCAGAUUGCAAAAGAAUUAAAGCAGAAAAAAGAUAACCUUCUAGAAGGUGUUGGAUAUUACAAAGAGCCAAAGUAAGUUGAUAACUAUUCUUAUCCAUGUAAGUUAAUACUAUUCCUAUGUAUAUGUGUAUCAUAAUUACUCACCAUUAGAAUGAUCUCAUAAAAUAAUGAUUCAGAAUCUUCUUACACAUUGUUAAGUUAACACCCUUUGCAGGAACAGCAAGUGGCAAUGAACUUAUUAAUAUAAUAAUCCCUGAUGUGCAAGACGACAGAGCAGGGACAGCUUAAUUGAGACCAUGGUUUCAAGACAGGAAAUAAAAAAUUCAAUGUUUUUUUUUUGCAGUUUGCUAUGAUCUCAUUUUUCAUCAGCUGGAAGACAAAACAAUUAUGGAUUGUUUAUUUGAUUCAUGUAGUUCUCAGGAUCUCACAAAGAUGACUGAUGGGUUUUGAGGCAAUUUAAUGAUGUGUAACUGUUAACCUCCAUUUUUAUUGCCAGUGCACAAUCAGCUGCAACCCUUCAGAAAUCUACAAACAUAAAACCAAAAAGGAAAGAGUUUGUCUCCAAAAUCAGCAAAUAUUUGGUAAGUUGAAAUUUUCUAUUACAUGUAACUCUUUCAAAAGCAGGCCUGGCAUUCGUUUUGAGCAGGAAAGCAUUUGAUUCAAAAGAAGCGCUUCCUCUUUGGCUGCCCACAUUCUUUUCCUGUAUUUGAAAUUUUAAUGACCAAGUUCAGCUUCAAACUUCUUCAAACUUCUUCAACUUUAUUUGAUAAAAAUAUUGAUUACAAUAGACUGGCCUGCAAAAUAGCAAUUGCUAAUCUUGGUGGCCCAGUAAAAAGAAGAAUAUAGAGAAAGGAAAGGAAAGUGUUACAUACAAGCACUGGUUAUGACCAUUACAGUAUAAGGGCAGCUCUGAGUGUGAAUGUUAUUAGUAUGUGUAAUCAAAUGCUGUCGAGUGGAAGUAGGGAAUACUUUCACGCAUGUUUUGUCCAAAUCCUAAUAAUUUCCUGAGUCUAAAGGUACAUUUUCACGAGUAUACCAUUUGAUUACCUAUUAAUAUCAUGGGUGACAAAUAUUAUUAUGCUGAAACUUUUUUGUUUUUAGAAUCUUUGGGUUUAUAUCAUAUUGAUUGAGAACUCCAAGCACUGAAAGUUUUAGAGCUUAAAUUUUGAAUUGAGCUCCUAACUUUCCGAAUGACUUGACCAAAUACAGUCGAACCUGUAUUAAGUGGUCACCCUUGGGGAAUGGCUAAGUGACCACUUAAUACAGGGUGACUGCCUAAUAUAGGUUGCAAGAAAUACACUUCAAAGAAUUAUGUGAUCUCCAGUGCUGAUCAGAUCAGAUGUUUGACCUCAAAUAGAAACAUUCAUUUCCAGCGUUUUAAUGAUUUGCGAAAAUAAACAAGGAAAUCACCUUGCAGCUUGUGUGUUACAGUAUUUGAAACUGUAUGAACAAGUAAUUGACACCAUAUGACUAUUUAAUACAGGUCAAGACAAUAGAAAAGGUCCCCUCGGGACUUCGCAAAAUUAAUGGUGACUGUGACUGCCUAAUAGAGGUGACCGCUUAGUAGAGGUCAAAAUUACAGUACAUCAAGGGGAGUAAUUUUCGGGACUGUUAAACUGACUGCUUAAUAGGGGGUGACCGCUUAAUACAGUGCUGCUUAAUACAGGUUCGACUGUACACUGUACCUGAUACAAUGUAGAAUCCUUUUUUAUGUGCUCUGUUGUGUGUUAAGGUUUUCUUGAGGGUGUUUUAAAGCCCUGACAUCUUCAUGCAUUCACAGCAUUUUAAAACUUUGGCACCAUCAUGGCAUUGAGACAUACAGAACUUUGUAAUUUCACAUGUGAAGUUAUAAAUAAAUGCAAAAAUUUUACACCAAAAUGAAGGAGUAAUUUGUCACCUGCUGUAUUUAAUUAUGUCUAUGACUUGAAACUUCAUGAAGUAUCAUUAUUUUAUUCUCUCAACAAAGUGAAAAUUUAUAAGAAGUUUUAUGAUUUGAGUUUCAUUUUGGAAUUCACAGAAUCUGGAUGAAUGGCAAAGUUUGGAGUUGUUUGGUAGUUAUCUUGAGAAUGAAUUCAGAGGUUCUAAACAACAGCUUUUGGUGAGUGAAGCUAAUGAAAUUUAGCACCUGGUUGUUUGUUUUGGUGUUGUUGGUCAACCUGGAGUUUAGUGUAAGUGCUGUGUACUUCAGCUUGCUUGAGAUCCACCGUUUAGUGUAAAGGUGGUGAAACGAAAUGAAAUGUAGUGGAUGAGAGAAAAACAAUUUAAUUAUGUUCCAUUGGCAUUUAUAUAGUUAUUCUGAUGGUCAUAGCCCACAAAAUAAUACCGAAAUUUUUUCCAUCUUUAUAUGAGAAAGAGUGCAUCUAUCAAACUAUGUUGUCACACACUGGCAGUGCUCUCACCAGGCCGCGGCCUUGCGGGAUUCCCGCAAGAAAAACUGAAAUGGCGCAUUAAAACGAAGAAGAUGCGCCCGUUAGGGCGCAGGGGCGCAGGGGCAAUUGUUUGAAUAAAUAAAAGACAUGAUAUCAAAUGAGUCAAAGUCUUUCAUUUUGUUGCCUUUACUUUCAUUGCUCCCACGCACGUCCCACUACAUCGUAAACUCCUCCUCCGAAUCGUAAACACCUCUUCCGCCAUAUUGGAUCAGGUAGGUACUUCAUGUAACAGACAAUUUGGAGUGCGGGCUCAGGUUCUUCGUACCGCGUGUUUUUUGUAACUUUGUCCCCCUAAUGUUCUUACAGGGCCCCUAUUUCUCAGAAGAGGGGGCCCUGGGACUCCCCAAGGCAAAAUCCUGGUGAGAACACUGCACUGGAUUGUGUUAAGAAGUUCAACAUGAAACUUGCGGUUCAAAUUCCCCACCCUACCCAAGGAAAGGUCAAAUUCCCCACUCAUUGAGCACAGGUAAUGGUCAACUGCUGGGGUGUGCCCCCCCCCAGGAUUGAUGUUGAACUUUUGGAAUUCCAUGAUUGGUGCAUAUCAAACAUGCAUGCCUUUGCUCUAGCAGAGCCCGGUGGCCCGUGGUGCCUAAUUUUUGUUCUCGGGCAACUAGAAAUCUUAGCUUUUUCAUAGGAAUCAUAUAUGCUGGGCACACUAGAUUUCACAAGUUCAGCGCACUGGGCUCCCAUCAAUUUUUCUGAGAGCACAGCCUUGCAUUGUACAUUGGGGUGAUAAUGAUAAUAAUAAAAUAAUUUUUUAUUUACUGACUUUGUUGAUUUUUUUUCUAUUCCUAGCUUAUGUUGAAGAGUGAAGCCCAAACUGAUUUUCUUUUGCUGAAGGUGAUUUUCAUGCACAUUAUCACAGAAAACUAUUUGUGCCUACGUUAAUUUCAUAAAUCAUGAAUGUGCACUUGUUGUCUCACAGUAAAAUCUGUUCUGUGGUAUUUCGUUGAUCUCCUAUGAAGAAUUUAUGGGAGAGGAAAUUCUGAAUCAAACAGCUAUUGACGUUGAGAAUUGCCAGUUAAACCUGGGAACAGCUUUUACUUACACAUUAUACAUACUGGUACAUACAAUCUUUAAUUCUGCCAUGUGAAAGCUUUAUUUUCUAGUUACCACAAUAAUUACACCACUGUAAUAUUAUUUUUUCAUUAGGACAAUUCCAUCCAUUGUACAGGAAUGUUACCUACCAACUAGUCAUGCAGUGUGCAUUAUUUUGUAGCAUUUUAUACAUGUGCCAGUGGAGUUUCUGCAUUUAAACUUAUCAUGAUUUUUCUUUUUAGAUUAUGGAAUAUCAUUUUGAAGAAAGACUUCACAUUCUACAGUGUUUGAAGUUUUUGUUGAGUUAUUGGCAGGAUCCCAGACAUCCAUACAGGGUAAUACACUGUAUUGUAAAACAUGUAUUUCACCACAGCACUGCAUUAAUUUUACGACGAAAUCCUACAUUUUUGAAACUACUAUCACUUCAUUGUUAUUCGGAAACAUUUUCAAAAAUUGAUUAUUCCUCUCAGUUUGGAGAUUUAGUUUUCCCGUGCUACAUGUAUGCAGGGCAUUAAAAUGCACGUCCAUUCAUGCAGGACAAGUAGAUUUUCUUACUAGGCAAAUAACUUUUCUUGCUCACUUUCCCAAUGAGAAAUGACCUACACUGUACAUGUAAGCAUACUAUGGCUCUAGGCGCCAGUUGUUCAAAUGUCUGAUAGCGCUAUCCACCGGAUAAAUCACUAUCCAGUGGCUAAGUAUUAGGGAAACCAGUUGUGUUAUCCACUGGAUAGAGAUUUAUCAAGUGGAUAGUGUUAUCCACCUUUUGAACAACUGGGGCCUGGUUAACAAAGUUUGAGAGCUACUCACUAGCCUUUGAAUACCUCCCUUGCUGUGAAUCCCUCUCUCCUUGCUUCAUGCUAAUAGGGACGUUUCAAAACUUCCCUUGAGGCAAGGACAGAUGGCUGUAUUCACAGGAAAAGUCAGAAGGAUAAGCCAGAAUUUGAUUUUGUUUUCAAGUCCUCCAGCAAUGGGGGAAGGGGUAGUGAGGCUGGGGGUGGCAGGCAGGAGCUUGGUUGUGGCAUCAGCUUACUGAGAAGGGAGGGUGCCAGGUAACUGGAGACAUCCCAAUUGGUGAAUUAUUAAUACUGAGUUUAUUCUGCAUCAUUUAUUGUUUAAACCAUUUUUCAUUUCUAUUUUUUAAUAUUACCAGGAAGAGUUUGCAGAUUGUAUUGAAGCAAUGCAAGAAAAAGAUGUUUUAAUAACAAAGGUAUUAAUAAAUACAAUGAAACAGGAUGCUUUCUGAUCAAAAAGCAUUUUAAGUGUAUCUCUGUCUGUGGUUAUACCUGUAGAUCAAAAUGCAUUAUUUUGUAAAACUCAGGUUAAAAUGGUUUUAACUGAGUUUGAUUCUCAAUUUCCUGUUCCCUAACUCAUUUAUUCACGAUCAUAUAAUUUUUAUCAGUACGCGGUAGGGCUAGGGAAAUAGCGAAUCAACUAGGUGUCAACCAUUUUAACCUAAAUUUCACUCUGACCUAUGACAUCUAUUGCAAAAAAGUCCAUGUCUUGUCAUUGAUUUUGUUUCUGGUUCAUAAUGGGAGUUUUUAAACAAGUGAAUAAUAAUGAUGAAUUUAUUGAUGUAAAUAUACUCCAACUGAUCUGACUUGUACUUGAAUAAUCCUCUCAUAGAUCACUGAACAGUAUAGAAGUUGUUGUCAUAGCACAAUCCCAGUACAAGAUAUUUCAACAUCAUCACUGGUAAGAUGUCAUUGUGUAGUACACCUGUUAAAAAUGGUUCUAAAUAAUUAUUGUAGCAUUCUGACAUGCUUGAUAUAAGGGUGGCUCUUUUUUUUCCUUAGCAUGUGAAGACCAAAUGUUCCAGAUGGGCCCUGCAGUAUUUGAGGGAACAGGUAUAAAUGAAUGAAUUUUCAACAAAUUUUAGUUUCCUUAAUCAGCAUUCAGAAGACAUUUCAGGAGAACAGAAAAUGCAGUUGGUAUGAGGCUUUAAAGAAUUUAAUCACUCUGUAGUAUUGCUUUUUCACCCGUGACAGGAUACUAUCAAUAGUCAAAUUGCCUGCGUUAUAAAACCUUUCACACUGGUGACCGAAGAAAAGAUAACCAACAAAAGAAAAAUAGAGAAAACAACAACAAAAAGCAAUAAUGUUUCUUUUUUUAAAAUCGUAAGAAAGAAAUAGUUUUAAAAAAGUUCUGGCAGCAAAGUUUCAUUUGAAUGGUGUAAACACCAUAGGAUUCACUGGGAUUUGAUUUUGUAUGUUCUUUUCAUAAUGUGAAGAACAUACAUAGAAAUAACACCCCUCUCAGGAAGCUGUAAUUGAUCUGAACACGGACUGAGAUACCUCUCAAUUAAUAUGGCAAGGUUACUUUAAUGGAUCAGCAACUUCAAAGGAUAUGGUGCCUGUCUGGUGUUUGGGAGGUCAUAGGUUCGAAUCCUGUCGGGGACGCUCGUGACAUGCUGAUUAUUUCAUCUUCACAUUUGUUCACUGAGCUUAAAAUUUACCAUCUUUCAUUCUUACGACUCAGUUGUACAUUACAUGUCCACCAUGCUGUCGUAACAUAGGUAACCUAACCUUUGAUCGUCCCAGUGUUCAGAGCAUGCCCGAUAGCGUACCGGAUGAACUUUCUACGAUACUACAUUCCCACCAUGCUUUAAAGUGAUGCCUAGGUGAUAACUGGCUGACUAAAAGCCUAUAAUACAUAGAGAGAUCAAAGUGCGUAACUACUGUAUAAGACAUCUAAGGUUCCUUGAGAAUAACAACUACUUUGUCACUGGAAAUUGUCUGGUAACUCAUGCUCUGGAUAUUUGCUCCUGAGAUAUUCCCCUGUUAUGUCCUGUGGCUUCCUGAGGCAGGGGGUGACUGAGGUAACUCUGCUGGGCACUCUGCGGACGGGUUCCUAAUUCCAUGAGUAUUCGAGUGUCAAACUCCAGUACCUGCACUUCCUGAGGUUGUUCCUUCAUCCUUGGUAGCUCGGUGGGGUCUCCACUGGGCUUAGGCAGUUCUUCUUUACUGGCACAUGGCCUUGACUUCCAUCUUCCUGCCUCCUCCGAAGUCUCUUUAGGGUACCAUCAUAAAAUCUGCCAUUGACUGUGUAAUGGUGCAGCCAUCUCUCGUUUUGGUGACCACUUGUGUUCCCUUUUGAUGCUGAACCUCUAACAGCUCUCUCUCAAAAGGCGGAGUGGCUUUGGUCCUGGAUUCUUUUUUCACAAGUAUUGCAUCCCCAACCUGGAUUUCCAAUGUUUUCAUGCCCUUCUUUCCAUCAGCCUGCGCCUUCAUUUGCAUCUUUUUCUCUACACACCGCAAGUCAUGCAGAAACAGUUCCUGAAAAUCCAGUUGUCUUGGAAUGCUUCCAGCUGGCAACCUUGCAUGGAACAUGCAGCUAGCGAACAUUACAAGGUUUGACAGUGUUGAAAAGUACUUUAAUUUUAGGGGGAGUCCUUGAAAAGUCCUUAAAUUUCUGGGCAAGUCCUUGAAACGUUCUUGAAUUUUCUUCAACUUUGAAUACACUUGCACUUGCACUUUUUGUUUGAGUGUCAAUGUAUUUAGCACGAAAGUGCUAAUUGGGGACACUAUAUUUUACGUCUUCAACUGGAGACGGGACCGCCAUUUUACGUGGUCAUCCGAGCAACGCAAAGGUAUAGCCUGUUGCAGUGCAAAGGGAGUACCUUCAUUUCUCGGUUAUUUUAAGACCCUGAAGUAUUGGUCCGGCCCCAGGAAUCGAACCCGCGACCUCCCGCUCUGCAGUCAACACGCUCUACCGACUGAGCUAACACUGCCGCGGCUUGUAGUGGCCUGGAAAGUGUUUUUAAUGCUUCUUGGUUGUCCAAAACAGAUUAUAAAACAUACCGUAGCUCAGAGAAGGUAAAGCAUUUUUUGUUUUAUGCAAGAAUUAACUAGCAAUUGAAGUCAAGUGAACUGAAAAAUGUAGAGAGGGUGGUGGAGCAAACAGUUCAAUCCUUCAAAGUCCUAUUAGAAUGGACUGGGAAUGGGCAUUUUUGUACAAUCCAUGGAAUUACAUUCCUGAUACAUGUGGGUGGUUUUUGAACGUCGAAUGUGGUCCUCGAGAAGUCCUUAGAAAUAAUUGGUUGCAAUUUUUAUGCAUGAAACCUGAUAUUAACUCAGCUGGCGUCAGCUUGGUGGUUCCCUGUGGCGUUGCUCUAUAACAGCAAAGAAAUCAGUGUAGGUCUUAGUUGAAAACCUGCCCUGUUAUUUGGCAUAUGCUGUAACGUUUCUUGAGCAUCAGUAUAAAUUGUUCUGCUGCCUUAUUGGCUUAGGGGUUUUUGGGUGUCUUACACUCUUGCUUGAAGCCCAGGUACUUUCGGAGGUUUGAGGAAGUCUUGUCCUUUAAAUGGAGGCCUGUUGUCACUGCCAACGACCAUGGGUAUUCCAAGUGUUGAGAAUACACGGUCAAGCUUUGGUAUUACUACUCGUGUACUGGUGCUGAUUACAAAUUCUACAUCAGCCCUCCGUGAGUGUUUGCAUAAUUAUGAUGACUAGGAAGUAUUUGCCCAUGUAAAUAGGCUCCCAGAAGUUUAUGGCCAUCUCCUUCCAGGGUUCACUCAGUAAUGGUGACAUUCGCAACGGUUCAAGCUCUUACGCUGGGGUCACUACCGGGAAUGGGUGGCAUUGCUGAGUAUAGGCUUCCACCAUCUAGUCCAAACAUGGAAACCAGACCAUAGUUCUGAGAUACUCCUUUGUCUUUGUAACCUUAUGAUUUCCCUCAUGAGCUAGUUGGACCACUUUGUCUUGAAGUUAUGUGGGCGGGGCUAUGCAAGACCCCCGCACAACCAAUCCUCCCACUGCUGCUAGCUCUGUAAAGACUGGGUUGAACUGGGGCCUACUGCAUCUGGCAGUACCACUUGUGCAACCGCCAUGGUGUCCUUCUUGAACAGUUCCUCAUCUUCAGUGACAGUCCACACUGUCUUGCUAUCUUCUCUUGAGUCUUCAUGAGUGGCUCUGGUGUCUGGAGUUGUAAUCUGCUUCAUUAGCCUCUAUUUGUUUUCUUUUCUGGCCAGUUAUUGAGUUUGUAGCCAAAUCCUUGCAGGUGAACUCUCAUUUUGUCCACUUCUAAGCAGGGCACUGGCCUUUUGGCUGGCAGAGAGAGGGAUGCUGACGGUUUUUUGAUGCGUCUAUCUUAAACAUGUUUUUGAGGCCUGCAAGUAAAUCUUGUUUGCAAGCACACCCCAUUUCACAGCCUUUGCUUCUUUCUCGAGCUCUGAGUAUCUUGUCUUGGUAUCCGUCAACACCCUUGAUCGAUAGGUCGGGUCUCCACUCUCUGGCUUGGAGGUCAUACUUUUUUAGUGUGACUGCUAAACCCUGGGGUCCUCCGUCAUGAGUUUAAUCUUUUGAUGUGGAUUGAAGUACCCCAUUACUGUGUCUCCUGAGA